CUCUCUCAUUGCUCCAGUCCCAAAUAAAUAAAGAGUCAGAGAAGGAUGUGGGGGAAAGAGAGAAGUUGCUACUUUAGGAAGAACAAUGUUGAUGCUACCCAACCUUCUUCAUCUCCUGCCUGCUUUUGAGAAUGUGUGAGGAUUAAAAGCGCGUGGCGGCGAUUACACAGGGAUUUCUACACCACAAAAGGAUGCUCAGUUCUCCCUCCUCUCCUGCUGAAGCCACAGAAGAGAGGACUACCGUAGAGAACUUGUCUCCUCCUGUCUCAGCGCUACCUGCCUAACAGUCAGCCGUGCACAGCCACCAGAGGCAAUGACAGCCUUGCUGCUCUAGAGCCCCAUGGAGCGCAGUCCGCCGUUGGAUUCCAUGCUUUGUAGAUUUACAUUCUAAGAAAUACGUUCUUAGAAGCCAAACCGAGAGAAAAUAAAAACUGGCUGCUCACCAGCUCUAUGGUUUUCUGACUCGUCCAAGAUUGUGAUUUUUGGCAUCUGACUAAGAGAUGACCCAAGAACAGUGCACUCAUAGGAACAAUGUCCAGAGCUCAGAGAAACCACACGUGUACAAAGUGGGGAUUUAUGGCUGGCGGAAACGUUGCCUCUACUUCUUUGUGCUCCUGUUAAUGAUCCUGAUCCUGGUCAACCUCGCUUUAACCAUCUGGAUACUAAAGGUCAUGAACUUCACCAUUGAUGGUAUGGGCAAUUUAAGAAUAACGGAGAAGGGCCUGAAACUGGAGGGGGACUCUGAGUUUCUUCAACCUCUGUAUGCUAAAGAAAUUCAGUCGAGAUCAGGCAGCCCACUGUUACUGCAAUCCUCCAAAAAUGUGUCCAUCAAUAUCCUCAAUGGGAAGAAUCAGCUGGUCACACAACUUAUUGCAGGAUCCAGUGGAGUGCGUGCUCGAGGGAAGAUGUUGGAAGUGAAAUCUAGCACAGGGAAGCUGCUGUUCUCUGCUGAUGAUCAGGAGGUGGUGGUGGGAGCAGAGAGGCUACGGGUGACAGGUGCCGAGGGAGCCGUGUUCAGCAACUCUGUGGAGACGCCACACGUCAGGGCCGAGCCCUUCAAAGAGCUACGGCUGGAGUCUCCCACGCGGUCUCUGUACAUGGAGGCCCCUAAAGGAAUCCAGAUCCUAGCAGAGGCAGGGGACAUCCAGGCCACGUGUAGAAGUGACCUACGCCUGGAGUCCAAAGACGGAGAGAUCAAUCUGGACGCACGGAGGAUCAGGCUGCUGCGUCUGCCGGAGGGCAAGGCCUCUCCAUCGGGAACCACCUCCAGACAAACUGUCUAUGAGGUGUGCGUCUGUCCCAAUGGAAAACUCUUCCUCUCACAGGCCGGGAAAGGCUCCACCUGCCAGAUCAGCAACAACGUCUGCCUCUAGAACACAUACACACACAAAAAUAUGCACACACACACACACACACAGAAACAUUUGCACGCACACACACAAGCACUAAAACAUACACACACAUACAUGUAUACUGAAACACACGCACACAUUGAA